ACUGACUAACAAGGCGGAUGGUCACACCAAAUCAGAGGAGGGCGCUGUUUUCCUUGUUUACCGUAUUACUCCGCUCAAUGAUGGCGGACGUCCUGUGCGGCUUGGUUCGGCUCAUCAGCGUACUAAAUCACUGCUCGUCCGCGUAACCAGGAGCUUGAGAGGCAGUAUUCACCCAGCCGAUGGUCUCACAGGAUGGCGGCAGACGACGUGAUCAAGGCCCACGUCAAGGCUUUAAAGGAAGCAGCAAGAAACAUCUGUUGGAAUAUUUUCCUACCCAAUAGGUGUGCAGAGGGCGUUCUGUAAUUUGUGGAUAAAUAAUUUUCAAACCAAUUACCGGUAGUUGGAAUGACACGGUGGUUGGGACUCACUGUUUUAAUAACUACAGGUACAGACCAUGCACGCAGUCUGGCUCAAACUCUACUCAAUGUGCCCUAUGGAGAAGGUGAAGGUGAAAAACUUGAUGCCUACAUACCCACCACCAACUCUCUUGAUGUACCUCUUGUUAUUUACCUACAUGGAGGAUAUUGGCAGUUUCUCAGUAAGGAGGAGUCAGGAUUCAUGGCAGUCCCACUCAUGGAUAAAGGUGUAGUCGUGGUGGCAGUUGGCUACGACAUCGCCCCCAGAGGUAAUAUGGACCUGAUGGUUUCUCAGGUGCGCAGGAGUGUUGUGUCUGUCGUCCAACAGUAUUCUCAUAUCAGCGGUUUGUACCUGUGUGGCCACUCUGCUGGUGCUCACCUGGCUGCAAUGGUUCUUUCCACGGACUGGUCGCAAUAUAGCUUCAUGCCUGAAAUCAAAGGUGCUUUUCUUGUCAGUGGUAUCUAUGACCUGUUGCCCAUCUUGUCUACUUACGUCAACGAGCCUUUGAAGAUGACAGAGGAGGUGGCCAUAAGAAACAGCCCCAGCAAGCUGAUCCCUCAGGUGAAACUCUCCUCCUCCAGCUGCCAAAUUGUUGUGGCCUUCGCUGAGAACGACUCACCGGAGUUUCGCAAGCAGUCAGAGGAUUACUACAAUACUCUGAAGGCAACCGGGGUGAAUGUGACCUUGGAGGAUGUGUCGAACACCGACCACUUCAGUAUCAUAGAACAGCUGGUUGAUGAAGAUUAUCACCUGACAAAGCUCCUGUUGAAGAUGAUGGGGAAACGCUGAGGUGGAUGCGUCCCCGAUUGACAUCCCUCUGAGGAGACCUAUCAUGCAGUGAUUUGGAAAUGUGCUAUGAUGAUAAUUGAAUCCCAUCAUCAGGUUAAAGUUGUAUAUCAAUGUUCAGUGAAAGUUGCUGUUGUUUGAGUGUUGAAAAUGUUUAACAAUAUUGUAUCCCAUGCGGAAGCCUGCGCAAAUACAUGGAUUCAUGGCUCACUCUAUGCGCUGGCAUUUUUGUAAAUUUUUCUUGUGCUCGGAAUGCAGUUGAUCCUUUGUAACAGCACUGGAGAGCUCAACACGGGCCUAGAAUGCCUGUUGUUUUGAAAUUGUUUGUAUGCAACCAUGCUUUGUUAGAUAUCAGGAACACAGACUGGGACACUUCGGGUUAUCAGUUCAGUGUAGCAGUAUGGUGCCAUUAUAAUCUGUCAUCGUUGGUUUGUCUGAAAUUCAACAACA